AAAAUAUCUCGUCUUUUCCAUCGCAUCUCAAAAUCCACGAGAGGAAGAAACAGCCCCAGCUCCGAGCUUCUUUCUCUGAAGUUCGAAGCAGUUUGAAUCUGUAAAAGGGUCUGAUUUUUCUGAGGAAUCGAUUCACUGCGCCGGGGGAAUGAUGGCUUGUGCUUCACAGGCGCUGAUUGCGCCAAAUGCAUGCUCGUUCUCGAGCCAAAGAGCCAUUAAAAAGUCUCAGAGAUUCUUCUACCAGAGUUGUUCCAAUUUCGUGUUCACGGUCAGAGCUUCCUCUGAAGAUUCCGAUUGCAAUGUCGACGAAUGUGCUCCAGAUAAAGAGGUGGGGAAAGUAAGUAUGGAAUGGCUUGCUGGGGAGAAAACUAAAGUGGCUGGGACAUACCCACCAAGGAAAAGAGGGUGGACGGGCUAUGUUGAGAAAGACACUGCAGGACAAACAAACAUAUAUUCAGUAGAACCAGCAGUUUACGUAGCAGAAAGUGCAAUAAGCUCGGGAACGGCAGGUUCUUCUUCUGAAGGAGCGGAGAACACAUUGGCAGUUGCUGGUGGACUUGCACUCCUUUCAGUUGCUGCAGCUUCAGCUAUACUGCUUCAAGUUGGUAAGAAACCACCUGAAGUAAAAACUGUUGAGUACACUGGUCCAUCACUCAGCUACUACAUUAACAAAUUCAAUACGCAACUGCCCGUACAAAGCGAACCCGAAUCCUCCUCUCAAGACAACGUCAUCGCUCCUGAAGUUACAGAGAUUCAAGUUCAAUCAGACAUUGUUGCUCCUGAAGUAACGGAUAUUCAAGUUGAAACCCAACCUGUGGCCAGUGUCCCGUAGGCUAAUCGAAUCGUAUUUGUGUGAAUUUUUUAGAGGCUUGUCUUCUGUAUUCAUCUGAAAUGAAUAUUGGUCCUCAGCCAUUACAGUUCAAAAAUGGAAACAUGAUAUUUGCAGAUGUGGUGCAAGUGCAACCCCUUUUUCUUGCUGCAGUUGUGGUGGUAAAGGGAAGAUGAGGCUUGAAUUGGUUAACUGUAUGUAAACAGAAACUCCAAAUAAAGUAUAAACUUACCUAUCUUUUUUGGCUGGAAAA